CACCUGACAAAUGACCAAGAAAGCAGGAAAUGUAGCUAGAAAACAAACGAAUAACACAUUUAGUCACUCAGUAAUCAGCCAUGGAUUGUUUAUGUAACGGGAUACAUCCUUUAUUAAGGCUGUGGAUGGUCUAUGUGUCUCUUUUCAUGAGCCAUGGAUUCGCCGGUAAAAUGAAAAUAGUAGAGGAGCCAAACACAUUUGGGUUGAACAAUCCCUUUCUGGCUCAGGGAAGCAGGCUACAACCUAGAGUGACCCCAUAUCCAGUGUCUGGCCCUACACAUCUUCAGCGGCUUGCUGGAAAGUGCUUCAGUUUCACAGAGUCAAUGUAUAAAUAUGAAUUCUGUCCAUUUCACAACAUCACCCAACAUGAGCAGUCAUUUAGAUGGAACGCCUACAGUGGGAUACUGGGGAUCUGGCAGGAGUGGGAAAUCACUAACAACACAUUCACAGGCAUGUGGAUGAGAGAUGGGGAUGCUUGUGGGACCAGAAACAGGGAAACGAAGGUGAUUCUGGUCUGCGGUACAAGCAGCAAGCUUGCCCAAGUCUCAGAGCCCAGUACGUGUGUGUACUCACUAACGUUUGAGACCCCACUUGUUUGCCAUCCACAUUCUCUUUUAGUGUACCCGACACUGAGUGAGAAGCUGCAAAAGGAAUGGGAUGAAGCUGAGCAGGCUCGCUACGAAGGUCUUCUUACUGAGCAGGGAUACAACAAUCUUUUGAGGGAUAUUUUUGAAGAUGCUGGUCUCCUGAAGAGCCUAAAAGUCAAGAUAAAGCUGCCAGAAGUUGCAGCUGAUUCAGGAACACACAACUCUUUACAGAAAUGCACAGAGGAUUUCCAAAAGCAGAGAGAAGAGAUUGAGAGACUGCGCGCUCUUCUCACUCAGCACAAUAUUCCUUUUGAUUCAAAGCAAAAUGAAGGAAAAACCACAGUGAGUACAACAGUUAAGGACCAACACCUAAGGGGAGACAAUGGCCUUUUUGAUCUGCAGUGAACAUCUCCCAGAGCAAGCCACCUUCACCAAUUGUGUGCAUUGAGCAGGUUUUAAAGACUUUGUUGGUCAGUGUGAGCGACAAAGACAGCUGCUGGACAUUAUUGCCGUCACUGGUGACCGCACUAAAGGUUAUUUUAAACAAGUGACAGUAAGAAAAACUGAACUUGUUAGGUCAUUACAAAGACCUUUUUUUUUUUUUCAUGACGGUCGACCAGAUCUCUCCAGGAUUUUCAUCAGAAAGGAUAAUCUUGUUAAUGAAUCAAACGACGCAAGAUGUUGAUGAAUAAAAAAUGGUUUUAAGAGAAAAUGAAAAGUUUUUGAGAGGGAAUAAAAAGUUUAAUAUA